AUGAGCUUCGGAUACAGCGUGGGCGACUUCAUUGCAGUCGUUCAACUUGCCUACACAGUUUAUGAGCGGUGCGCUUCGUCAGUCGAAGAGUUUAGGGAUAUCGGCCGGGAUGUGGGCAAUACCCGUAUUGUACUCAGCGCCAUCCGACGAUACUGGGAAGAAGAAGGUUCUCGUGGUCAUUCAUUGAUCGUCGCACAACAAGAAGAACUGAAACAGCUAGCUGAGAACUCUUACGGAAUUUUGAAAAAGAUUGACACAGUGUUGCAAAAACAUAGGGGUCUGGAAGACCGAGCCAAAUUGAAAGACAAACUGAAGUGGGCACUGACCGGAUUUGUCCGUGACAUUGGACCUCAAAGGCAAGCCUUGCAAGAGAAUACGAAUGCCUUGGCAAUCUUCAACGCUACUCUCACUGCCGAAAAUGCUUCUGGAGUGGCGAAUCAGCAAUUAAAAUUACUUGAAGCUCAGGGCCAGCUCCUGAAAUUUCUUGUCACUCAGUACUACGAAUUCCAGACUGGAACGGGUGGUAAGGUAGCGCCAGCCUUCUCACAAAUUGCUGUGAAAGAUACCACAGAAGGAGAUGAUCAUUGGAAGAAUAUCGAGGCUGAAUUUGAGGCAGCCAGCUUCAAUCCAACGGUCGUCAGGAGAAACCAGAAGUUCAUAAAGGAUUGGAUCGUUACGGUUAUACCAGAAGAGGGAGAAAAAGCGCUCGUGCCGUUGACAGACACAGCCACUGCGGAUCAGCAUGGUGGUGUAGCUGAGGCCACAAAUACUAUUACUCUGCCCUCCAGGGAGGUCAAAAACGAUACUGAACAGACACAAGAAACCAAUACAAUGAGCGUUUCCCCUCCCAAAACCAAACCGCCUGCGACUGUCGAGCAACCUCUCGUUCCCUUAGUUCCAGUUCGGCCAGUCAGUGUAAGCUCACAUCGAAGCAAAUUGAGCACAUGGCAGGAUUCGAGCGUUACAGACUCUGACUAUGUUGCCAAAAUGAUUGCCAAGGUACUGAAAUCAAAAUACGGGGAAGAUUGUGACGACUACUACGCACUUCCGAUCAAACGUGCUUUCGAUCACCUCGACUGGACACGACGUGGUUGGAUCUCAUUCGGAGAAGUCCAAAAAUACUGUUCGAAAGCAGGAAAGCUUUCUGGGUUUUCACUAGAUCAGUCAGGGAUUGGGGCGCUUGCAAAGACAUUAGACAAGAACAAAGACAAUCAAGUCAAUCGAGAAGAAUUUGUUGAGAUCGUCAUGGCCCUCAGGCAGCGUAUUCUCGAGCAAGUGAUAAUUGCUGAGGCUAAACUUGAGGGAAGAAUGGAAGCUGGCUUCUUGUUGAAGAGAUUUUUCGAUAACGCUUCCGAUGAAUCCAUGAUGCCACCAUUUUGGCACAUCUUCACUAAAACCUUAGGUAGCGAAACAUCUCGCCUUUAUCGACACGAUCUGAGUGCGGAUUAUCCCUAUAAACAAGGAUCUAUUCCACCGUUACAGUGCAACUUCACAAACGUUGCCUUUGUUGCAACGGCUCAUUGCUCUCUUCGAAUUGCCGCAGCUUCCCACGACUACCGCACUACUAUUGUAGCUCUAUCAAAAGAGGAAAUGGCGGAGUAUACAGUGGCCCUUGAUAAUGUCCUCAAAGCUACUCAAAUGUUCCACCUUGUUGAUGGGAGCGAGUUCCCAGGCCAACUCUACCCCCUUGAUCGCAGCCUAGUCCAAAUGGAUCUCCUUUCCCCGGGCACACUCCAGCAGUGGGCUGACUGUCCUAACAAGCAGCUCAUAGAGCUGGCUAAGCAGUGCUGGGACAUUCUUGACCCCAUCCUUGCAUUCGUGUUCGACUUGAAAGUGAAAAACUCGGCGAAAGUCAUUUCGAAAAGUCCAAAACAAUUGUCAUCUGGAGUUUCAGUUGAGCCCCCAGACCUUGCUGAGUGGCGGCGACUGCGAAUGCUCGAGCGGUCCAAAAGAAUCCUGAACGACAUCCAACAGUGGGACACAAUACAAGUAAUCUUACAAACAUGCCGCGAGUGGUCAGAAGCAAAGGCCACGGAGCUGGAUAAUCAAACAAAGCUUACGAUCGAGGAUACUAAAUUGUUUCACACGCUGUGCCAGAUAGAUUUGGAGAACAACAACCUCACUGUGAAUAAUGUGGAACUCACAGGACUCAAGCGCGACAUUUUUCGGCGGUACCCGAGUACUCUUCUCGGGAUCUUCGUGGAUGAGAAAAGUGUUUUCGUCGGAAACGUGUUGGCAGAUAAGACUGACACUCCUUAUUGGAUAUUGGGCAAUGGUAUGCUUGUAAAUAGAAAGAGUAGAGUGGUGCUCGAGUUUCACGACAAGAAAAAGCUCGAUAAGUCCACAGUAGGAGAAAGCUUUAUUGGGUACUUUGGGUUCAAUGUUUCGGAUGUCACCAACUUUUCGGGCAGGGCUACAGUGACUAAGUCUGGACAAUUGGUUUCAGCCAACGGCCUAGAGAGUCCAAAGCUAGAAGUUAAAGUCACUGUAAGUACGGAUUGGAAAGUUAAGGAAACUUGGAGCUCCACUACAUCGGGAAGCCUUGCACACAAUAUAGCAACAUCUCCCAUUCCACAAGGCUGGGAGGCUCAACGGACCUCAGCUGGUGACGUUUAUUUCUUCAACUCGGAGCAAAAUAAGGCUACCGCAUGCUUGUGGUGGGAUCCAAUUCCUAACGAUAUUCGAAAAGACCCGCUACGUCCUCUUCCACCAGGCUGGACAGCAGUAGUGGAAGACGGCGCCCUGAAGUACAGAGGUCCGCGAGGCAUAACAACAGAAGUCUUCCCCGCGGCCGUCAAACAAUCCACCUUUGAAACCGUCAUUCAGGCGAAGACAUUUUGCCAGCCUCUAGAAUUUUUUUCACAGGAACUUAUUGCUGUUUUCGAGAAGGCAGCUGCAGGCUUUGAGGCACGAGCACUCACCAGUCUCGGCAUUCGAAGACAGGAUGCAUACAAGCGGCAGCAGGCUUUAGAGAAACAAGAGAUUACUGCCCUUCUUCAACCAAUCCGACAGAAAAAGUAG